AGUACGUGUGUACUGAUCUAGAUCAUGUAUAUCUAAAAUAAAACAAACUAACCUCUAAAUUCAACACGUCUUUUACGAUUGGGUUUGUGACGUUAAGAGGUGUUUACUCAACAUUGAAAAUGCCUAUUACAAACGAAAAACCAUUGGAAAUAAAAUUUACUGAUGAAGAUCUUCCAUAUGAAGAAGAAAUUCUACGAAAUCCAUAUUCUGUAAAGCAUUGGCUCAGAUACAUAGAGCACAAGAAGAAAGCUCCAAAAGAAGCAAUAAAUCUAAUCUAUGAACGCGCACUAAAAGAACUACCAGGUUCUUACAAAUUAUGGUACAAUUAUUUAAAACUUAGAAGAAAACAAGUAAAAAAUAAAUGCAUAAUAGAUCCAGGCUUUGAGCUGGUUAACAAUGCAUUUGAAAGAGCCUUGGUGUUUAUGCACAAAAUGCCUAGGAUAUGGAUGGACUACUGCACUUUCCUAACAGACCAGUGCAGAAUUACAAGAACUAGAAAAGUGUUUGAUAGAGCACUUAGAGCUCUUCCAAUAACACAACAUCAUAGAAUAUGGCCUUUAUAUUUAGCAUUUGUACAGAAGCAUGACAUACAUGAAACUGCUCAAAGGGUAUUCAGAAGAUAUUUGAAACUAAUGCCUGAAAAUGCUGAACAAUAUGUUGAUUAUCUAUCCAAAGCAGACAAACUAGAUGAGGCAGCUCAAGUUCUAGCUAAGAUAGUCAAUGAUGAUAGAUUUGCUUCCCAACAAGGCAAGUCAAAUCAUCAGCUUUGGAAUGAGCUGUGUGAGUUGAUAUCAAAGAAUCCUAAAAAAGUUUCAUCUCUUAAUGUUGAUGCAAUCAUUAGAGGUGGUCUUAGAAGAUACACAGACCAAUUGGGGCAUCUUUGGAACUCUCUGGCUGAUUAUUACGUGCGAAGCGGCUUAUUUGAACGUGCUCGCGACAUUUACGAGGAAGCCAUUCAAACUGUUACAACCGUACGUGACUUUACCCAAGUUUUUGAUGCGUAUGCUCAAUUUGAAGAAAUAUCUCUGAAGAAACGCAUGGAAGAAAUCGGCAAGAAACCUUCACAAAGUGAAGAAGAUGAGGUAGAAAUGGAAUUGCGACUUUCACGUUUUGAAAAUUUAAUGGACAGACGUCUAUUACUCCUUAAUUCAGUCUUAUUGAGACAGAACCCACACAAUGUUCAAGAAUGGCAUAACAGAGUCAAGUUGUAUGAAGGUAAUCCACAUGAAAUCAUCAAUACAUACACUGAAGCUGUACAGACAGUUGAACCUAAACUAGCUGUAGGUAAACUACACACUCUGUGGGUGGAGUUUGCCAAGUUCUAUGAAACCAAUGGACAGAUAGAUGAUGCGCGACUUAUUUUUGAGAAAGGCACGCAAGUGGAAUAUCUUAAAGUUGAAGAUUUAGCUUCAGUUUGGUGCGAAUGGACCGAGAUGGAAGUGCGACAUGAGAAUUAUGAGGCUGCGUUGAAGUUGAUGUAUCGCGCGACAGUAAUACCAUCGAGAAAAGUCAAUUAUCAUGAUGACAAGGAAACAGUUCAAGCUCGAUUAUACAAAAGUUUAAAGGUUUGGUCAUUGUACGCUGAUUUAGAAGAAAGCUUCGGCACUUUUAAGACGUGCAAAGCUGUUUAUGACCGAAUCUUAGAUUUGAAAAUUGCUACACCUCAAAUUAUUAUUAACUACGGAUUAUUUUUGGAGGAGAAUAACUAUUUUGAAGAAGCAUUUAGAGCAUAUGAGAAAGGUAUUUCAUUGUUCCGCUGGCCAAAUGUUUAUGACAUCUGGAAUACUUAUUUGAAAAAGUUUUUGGGUAGAUAUGGAGGGUCAAAAUUAGAAAGGGCGAGGGAUUUAUUUGAGCAAUGUUUGGAACAUUGUCCUGAAAACUUUGCCAAACCAUUGUAUUUGCUGUAUGCUAAGUUAGAAGAACAACAUGGAAUGGCUAGACAUGCUAUGUCUGUGUAUGAACGCGCUACAAGUGCCGUAAUGCCAUCAGAAAUGUUUGAGGUGUUUAAUAUUUAUAUUAAACGCGCAGCGGAGAUUUACGGCGUGCCGAAAACAAGACAAAUUUACGAAAAAGCCAUUGAAGUUCUACCUGAAGAUAGAACGCGUGAAAUGUGUCUUCGUUUCGCCGAAAUGGAAACAAAACUUGGGGAGAUUGAUAGAGCCAGAGCGAUCUACGCGCAUUGUUCACAAAUGUGUGACCCGCGCGUCACGGCCGAAUUCUGGCAGGUAUGGAAAGAGUUUGAAGUGCGCCAUGGUAACGAGGACACAAUGCGUGAAAUGUUGCGAAUUAAGCGCAGCGUACAGGCGAUGUACAACACGCAAGUGAAUAUGAUGUCGGCGCAGAUGCUGAACUCUGCUGGAUCUAUUGCUGGUACUGUGGCUGAUUUAGCUCCAGGCGCAAAGGAUGAUAUGAGAAUGUUAGAAGCGAAGGCCGUUGAAAUGACUGGUACUACUUCAUUGACCAAAGGUGGAAAUAUUAUGUUUGUUCGUGGGGAAACUCAAGGGGAUAAUAGAGGCGAACGAGUUACUAAUCCAGAUGAAAUUAAUAUUGACGACGAUGAUGAUGAUGAAGGCGAUGAAGAUGAGAAUGGAGAAAAUGGGGACGCAGAUCGUGAUAUUCCUGUCACCAAACAGGAUAUUCCCAACGAAGUUUUCGGUAGUUUGAAAGUAAGUACGAAUAAGGGUAGUGAUGACGACGAUUUAUAAAAAUAAAUUUUAAAUAAACAUUUUUUUUCUGUAAAA